ACUUGGUUCUCCAGGGGCAUUAACGAUGAGAGUCGAGUGCGAGCACACACAACAACCGUCAACCGUGAAAUCGAAGUAAUACUUUUUUUCCCAUUGAAAUAAACUAAACGAAUUAUUGUUUGAAAUAAAAACAAUCGAAGUGCAAAGUAGCAACAAAGCUAAAUUAACUAAAAUUCCGAAAACAACAAACAUAACAAAGCCUGUUUUACGCCAAAAAAAUAAAGCGAACUGUAUGUGUGCCGAGUGAGCAAAUUAAAAAGGACGGAAAAAGCAAAAAGGAACAAAGGAAGAACAAGAAGAGGAAGAAGAGAGAUACGUGAAAAAGGCAACGAAUCAACAGCAAAAAGCAAAAUUUUAGGUGUGACAUGAUUUUAUUGCAUGGAAGAAAAUACGAAGCGUAAAGAAGUUCCAAAAAAAAAUAACACAGAGUGCGUGCGGUUAAAGAAGUAUUGGAAAAUCAAAAGCAAAUGCACACAAAAUUAAAACAAAAUAUUGUAAAUUUCUGUUAACACUACAGCAACAACCAGAAAUUGGAACAAAGAAAGAAAAAAAUAAAGCCAAGAACGACGCCUUUUUAUUGCAUUUGAGAAAUAAAAUUGGAAAAUUCUCCCUCAUACAAAACUAUCCAUGUGUGUGUAGUGUGAGUGUUGUCCCCCUCCUAUCUCCCAUGUUGUGUUGUGUGUAUGAGUGUUGUGUGUUUUUUUGUGAAGCAAAGAUAAACCCCGUACAUUGAGGCAGCGGCUAUAGCAAAAACAACAACACCAAUCAUUUAAGCGGUGACGAAUAUUGCAGUAAGGAUCGUACGACGCAACGACGACGCCAUCAAAUUUUCAAGUAGCGCGUUAGGCAUCGAAAGCAAAGCCAAAGGCCUGUCAAACAAACGAACGAACGGCAUCAUCAUGCAGAAUAGUCCUCGUUCCAAUGUCAAUGGAGCCAUCUCCUCGUUACCCAGCACUUUGGCACAAUUGGCCCUCAGAGAUAAACAACAACCUGCCUCUAAUGUAACAGCCACUAGUGUAUGCGUGGGCGGCGGUUCUGGUGUCCUCUCUAAGGCGGCCGUGUUACAACAACAAGCCAAUGGUUCGCCUGGUGGUGGCGGCGGCAGUGCCGGAGAUUCCUCAAAUCUAGGCCAUAAUGAUUCCAAUAAGUUGACCACAGAAUUACAAGAGAGAGAACAAGAAAAUCAAAAGCAACAACUGCAACAGCAGCAGUCACAGCCCAAACAGAAGCCACCAUUGCCAGUACGCAACAAGCCCAUGGAAAUUGCAGGUUACGUCGGUUUUGCCAAUCUGCCGAAUCAGGUGUAUCGCAAAGCAGUUAAGCGGGGUUUCGAAUUCACGCUUAUGGUGGUGGGCGCCAGUGGUUUGGGUAAAUCUACCCUGAUCAAUUCCAUGUUCCUGUCGGACAUCUACAAUGCUGAACAGUAUCCUGGUCCUUCCUUGCGUAAGAAGAAAACCGUGGCCGUAGAGGCCACCAAGGUGUUGUUGAAGGAGAAUGGUGUUAAUUUGACACUGACUGUUGUGGACACCCCCGGUUUUGGUGACAGUGUGGAUAACACAAAUUGUUGGGUGCCCAUACUGGAAUAUGUUGACUCGAAAUAUGAAGAAUAUUUGACAGCUGAAUCCCGGGUGUAUCGCAAGCAGAUACCAGAUAAUCGUGUCCACUGUUGUUUGUAUUUCAUUGGACCCACAGGCCAUGGCCUGAGGCCGUUGGAUAUUGCCUGUAUGCAAAGUCUGUCGGAUAAGGUUAACUUGGUUCCUGUCAUUGCAAAGGCCGAUACAUUGACACCCGAUGAAGUGCAUUUGUUUAAGAAACAGAUAUUGAAUGAAAUUGCCCAGCACAAAAUCAAGAUCUAUGACUUCCCCUCAACACUGGAGGAUGCGGCCGAGGAAAGUAAAACCACACAGAAUCUAAGGACCCGGGUGCCCUUUGCUGUGGUCGGAGCCAAUACCAUUGUAGAGUUGGCCGAUGGCAAGAAGGUGCGAGGCAGACGUUAUCCUUGGGGUCUGGUGGAGGUGGAGAAUUUGUCCCACUGCGAUUUUAUUGCAUUGCGUAACAUGGUGAUAAGAACCCAUCUCCAGGAUCUCAAAGAUGUUACCAACAAUGUCCACUAUGAAAACUAUAGAUGUCGCAAACUAUCCGAACUGGGUCUGGUCGAUGGUAAGGCCCGACUCUCCAACAAGAAUCCCUUGACACAAAUGGAGGAGGAGAAACGAGAACAUGAAUUGAAAAUGAAGAAAAUGGAGGCAGAGAUGGAGCAAGUGUUCGACAUGAAGGUAAAGGAAAAAAUGCAAAAACUUAAAGAUUCCGAAAUCGAGCUGGCCCGGCGCCAUGAAGAGCGUAAAAAGGCCUUGGAGCUGCAAAUACGUGAGCUGGAAGAGAAGCGGCGGGAAUUUGAGCGGGAACGCAAGGAAUGGGAGGAAGUCAACCACAUCACAUUGGAAGAGUUGAAACGACGCAGCCUGGGGGCGAAUAGCAGUACGGAUAAUGUCGAUGGCAAAAAGGAGAAAAAGAAGAAGGGUUUGUUCUAAGGCUUGUUUGUCAAAGAGGAGUAGUAGAGAAGACUUAGUGGUUUUUUCCCAAAACAAAAAAAUCGAAACGAAAAUCUUUACAAAUUACAAACAAAGCACAGCAGUAUUUUUUCAUUUUUGUUUUAAAUGAUUUCCCUGAAAAUUUCCCCCCCCCCACUCCCUGAGAUUUUGUUGAGCACCGGAUAAUUUGUAAUAUCCCUCUGGUAUGAUUAUUUUAAACAAUUAUUAUUGGAAGUUAAAAAACAACACGAAAUUUAAUUAAGAAAAAACCUUGAUAUUUGACGCUAUUAAAAUAGUAAAAACUUCUUUAGUCAGCAAAGUAAAGCGAACGAAAGAAAGAAAGAAAUGGAAUUUCAGCACAAUUUUAUGGAAACAAAAUAAACUGCCAAAAUCUCCCAAAAUUUUCUCUAAGAUACCUAUUUUGCUAAGCUAUACCCUACUUUUGAUUUACUGUAGUUAUUAUGCCCUUAGCUAUUCUCUAGAUUUGCCGCCGCUUAACAAAAAAUGAAACGAAAAAUAUGAAAGGAACCCCCCAACAUUUUUGUAGUCCUUUUGAAAAUUAAACCUAAUUUCUAUUAACUUUUUUUUAUAAUACACCAUUUAUUAUAUAAGUAUAUAGUCGUGUUACAUAUAUAUAAAUAUACCUACCUAUAACCAUUCAAUAUUUUGCAAUAUUCUGUUUCUUUUUUAGAAUAUACGAUAUGAUUUGUAUUUUGUUUAAAAGGCUUUACAACAGCAGUCCAUUAAAUACGAACAAGAUUAUUAUCAUUCAUUUAGUAAUAAUAAAUUAAUUUAUUAUUAUUUUUUGUAGGCCAAAAAAACAAAACAUAUAUCAACCCCCUCGCCACAGACACAAAACUUUUGUAAAUAUAAUCAUUAAAAAAAAAUAAAAGUUUUUCAAUGUUUAAAAUAUUUGAAACCAUCCCCACUUAGCCCUAGCCCGCCUAAAAAUGUUUUUUUUUUAAUUCGAAUAAAUGUGUAAUCUUAACACGAAAAAAAAUCAAAAUAAAACACAACACUUUUUUUCUUUUA